AUGUCAAAUGCAACUGAAGCAGCAGAAGGCAUGUCGUUUGCUUAUUCCUGUCAAGACCCUGCCAGUGUUGAUGCUUGUGCGGCCACUUGCGUCGGAUUGCAAGCCUGUCAAGCUUGUGAAUGCUCCGUCAUUCCCCUGGACGUCCAAGGACCUUGGGACGUGGAAGCCCUGGAUGUGAUUUUUGGUCUCUUGCCCAUUUUGUUGCUCAUCAUUGUCACGGUCAAACCUAAUCCUUGGCCGACUUCCUUUAGUUUGCCCUUUGCGGCUCUCUGCAUGUUUCUUGUGAGGACCAUGUACUUGGCCGGAGAUCCCUUAUUGGCUGCCGCCUGCGUCUUGUUGGGCUUGUUGGAAGCCUUGACUCCAUUGAGUAUCAUUGCGGGCGCCAUGAUGCUGUUCGAAACCAUGGAAUCCACCUAUUGCUUGCCCUACAUGAUGCGAGAAAUGAAAGUUUUGACCAAUGGACAUCCGAUUGCCGAAUGCAUGUUGAUUUUUUCCUUUGCCACCAUGGUGGAGGGUGCCUCUGGCUUUGGAACUCCCGUGGCCUUGGGAGCGCCCAUGCUCGUGUCGACGGGGAAUCCGAAAUUGGAAUCCGUUGUCUUGCUAUUGGUGUUCAAUACCUUUGCUACCGUGUGGGGUGCCGUCGGCACCCCCAUUUGGUUUGGCUUUGGUGGAUUGAAAGAUUUGACCGAAGAUGACUACUUGUCCAUUUCCAGCAAGGCUGCUGUGGCCAUGGGUACGGGUUGUUUGGUCUUGCUCCCAUGGGUAUUGACCAUUCUCUUGCCCUGGAAGUUGAUCCGCAAGAAUUUGCUGUUUAUUUAUCUUGCAAUCAUUGGUACCAUGGGACCAUUGCUGGGAGUCUCCUUUGUGAGCUAUGAAUUUCCAUCGCUCAUCGGAGGAUUGGUGGGCAUGGGCAUUACUGGCGCUUUGAUUAGCUUCAAGGUUGGUCUCAAAGACUUGACACAAGACGAUUUAGAACUACUGGAAUACCAUUCCGAUCACAGAAAGGGCAAGGACGAUGUCGAAUUGGCUAAUGAAAGUGAAGAAAUUGAAGAACAUGCUCCAACAACCAAUCAAAACGAUGAAGAUGUUGCUGCUGUGGGCGAUACUACCUCGAACAAACCUGACUCGGUCGCCAUUGCCGGGGCCGAGGGGAUUGUUGGAACCAAGAAUCGCGAGGAAGCCGCCGUGGUAUCCCAACAACAAGCUUUGGACGACGCCUUGGGACCCCGCAAGGGAUGGGGCCAAGGCUUUCUGCGUGAGGUUUUUGCCCGGACCUUUCCUGUGUGGGGUGUGGUGGUCCUGCUGAUUUUGACGCGCAUCAAGGAGAUUGGGCUCAAAGAAAUCUUGACGGAUCAAGAACCCAAUUUUGAAAUUCAUUUUGGGACAUUUGGAACCUUCCGAUUAUCGGCAAGCAUUGUCUUUCAGCUCAAGAACAUUUUGACCUAUCCGAACUUGUCCUGGAAGUACGAGUUUAUCUAUCUUCCUUUCUUUUUGUUCAGUUUCAUUUCCUUCUUGACCUUUGGAUUGUUCCGGAAGAAGCUCAGUCAGACUCCCAAACAAGUGGUCCUCGUGGUUGCGGGACGACUAAAGAAUCCUGCCAUGGCCUUAUUUGGAGCCUUGGUCUUGGUGCAACUUUUGAUUCGUGGAGGAACUUCUUCUCCAGCAUUCGUGGUGGGAACCAUCUUGGCCGAUUGGUUCCAAGAAGGAUUCGUGGUGAUUACACCCCUACUCGGAGCGCUUGGUUCCUUCUUUUCGGGAAGUACCACCGUGUCCAACUUGACAUUUGGUGACAUUCAAGCCAUUGCCGCCGAAUCGAUUGGGGUGAGCACCACCGCCAUGCUUGCGCUCCAAGCCGUCGGAGGUUCGGCCGGAAAUGGAAUUUGUCUCAACAAUAUUAUUGCCGCGUGUACCGUGGUCAACUUGCAAGUGGGUGAAGGACAGAUUCUGGCCCGAACUGCACGAUAUGUGUUUGCCUUGACUACCUGGGCCACUAUCAUCAUGUUGGCAUUCUACUUUCGAUUCUGA